AUGAUUAUAAGGCAUGGUAAUGUCAAACUGACCAACACAGAUGAUCUUCAAAGUUGUGCGAUGUAUUAUCCGCGGAGUAUGAAGUACCUGUGUAAUAAAAGGACCAUGCUGACUCCAAGUGUUGCGUAUCUCGAUCAUGAUCUCGCUCACGGUCUCGCUCGUGGUCUCGCUCGUGGUCUUGCUCAUUAUCUCGCUAAUGGUCUCGCUCACGGUCUCGCUCGUGGUCUCGCUUAUGAUUUUUCUCGUGGUCUCAGGCAUGGUCUGGCUCAUAGUCUCGCUCAUGAUCUCGCUCAUGAUCUCGCUAUUGGUCUCACCCAUGGUAUCGCUCAUGUUCUCACUUAUGGUCUCGCUCGUGGUCUCGCUCAUGAUCUCGCUAUUGGUCUCGCUCGUGGUAUCGCUCAUGAUCUAGCUCACGGUCUUGCUCAUGAUCUUGUUCAUGAUCUCGCUCACGGUCUUGCUCGUGGUCUCGCUCGUGGUCUCGCUCGUGGUCUCGCCCAUGCUCUCGCUCGUGGUCUCGCCCAUGGUCUUGCUCGUGGUCUCGCUAAUGGUCUCGCCCAUGGUCUCACUCGGGGUCUAGCUCGUGUUCUCGCUUGUGGUCUCGCGCACGGUCUGGCUCAUGAUCUCGCUCGUAGUCUCGCUCAUGGUCUGGCAUAUGAUCUCGCUUAUGACCUCGCUUAUGAUCACGUUCGUGGUCUCGCUCAUGAUCUCGCUCACGGUCUCGCUCGUGAUCUCGCUCACGGUCGCGCUCGUGGUCUCGCUCAUGAUCUUGCUCGUGGUCUCGCUCAUGGUCUGGCUCAUAAUCUCGCUCAUGAUCUCGCUUAUGAUCUUGUUUCUGAUCUCGUUCAUGAUCUCAUUUCUUUUAUAUUAUUAAUUUGGUUACAAGAAUAUAAGUUCAUAUCAAAGAGUGUUUAG